AUGUCUUUAAUGUCACAAGAGCAGCUGAAGUGGAAGGACAGGAUGUUUGGCCGGAGGGACACGUCCAUCCUGAUGACGUCCUCAGUGAAGGAUCCGGACCGUCGUCCAGCCCGGGAGCGAGCAGAGCUGCGCUCGGGACGCCACGCCCACGCCAUCUUCACCAACAGCUACAGGAAGGUCCUGGGACAGAUCUCCGCCAGGAAGUUCCUUCAGACCAUUAUGGGCAAGCGUCUGGGAGCCCAGAGCUACGUGGAGCGCCGGCCGGACGUCUACCAAGGGACCUAUAAAGAACGCCUCACGUCGAUCCGGAGUGACCGUGGCUACAGCGGCGUGCGCGGGACCGCCUCCAGGCCCCGGUAA